AUGGCCUGGAGUCUCACGUACCAAUAUUUCGAUAAUUUAGACUUGGAUAUUACAUCAACAGACAGGACAAGUACACAGAAUGAUAUUUUUGAAAUAGCUUCAGAUGUAGUUGGAACAGACGAAGACAGUGACAUGUUGUCAUGGAAAGAGAGUAACCUGUGUGAUAGUCACCUCAGUUCUAUACAACAAAGACGACAAUCUCACAGCAUGUCAAAUGUUCUAGAUCUUAAUAGUGACAACAUAUCUAUGACGGACUGGAGAAGUACGUAUCCACCUUCCCGAUCUAAACUGAAUAACUCUCCCUGGUUCAUAUUGAUUCCUAGUUCAAAGAAGUACAAAGAAAACAGGAAAAAAAGAAGAAACCAGAUAACAGAUUCAAUUGGAGACCAAAUAUCGUCAACAGAUUCACUCGGAACUUCUUCAAAUCAAGAACUCAUCACGAAACCUUCCGAAGGCGAUGCAACAGAUAACGUGGACAAAUUCAUCGAAACAAAUAAAAAAUGUCCGUUGUGUGCUAUAAAAUAAACCAACAAACCUCCAUAACUAACAUUGUUUAAUGGCCAUUCUUCUUUGUUGAACA